CGGACACAUGGAGGAGGCGGCGCCCGCCCGCGCCCACGGCCGGGACCUGCUCCGCGCCCCGCGCGCCGGCUCCGAGGUGCCGGGUCCUUGUUACCGCUGCGCCUCGGCGUGGUGACCUCGGACCUCUUCUUGCUGCGCCGGCGAUACCGGCUAUCGCUCCUAUUCGAGUGCGACUGAUACUGGACAUCAGUUUCCGUAUGUAGGGAUCAGGAAACAGGUUGGGGUCUACGUUGCCUCCUGUGUCGGCCGAGGGGCGCGAUGACGUUCUGUUGCUCGUUCUGCACCCUUCGUAGCGCAGCGCCAGGCUCGCCUAUCGCAGGCCGUACCCUCCCAGGACAUUAGGCACGUCUACACGUGCACUUUACUGCAUAGUAGGUUAUUUUACUGCGCAUCAAAGCGUCACGUAAACACUGCGACGUUACGCUAAUAGUCUACUGCGCGUUAAGCGUCACUAAAAAAAGCAUGCAAACGUGCUCCUGCGUAUUAGCACAGCCGAACGUGCAUUCACGUAGCCCUGCACCUUGGAGGUACUAAUUUAAUGCACGUGAGGAAAGGCGCGUUAAUGCAGGUGUAGACGCGCCCGUUAAGUUUAGCCUGGCAGACUGCAUGUGCCGCUUAAUGCAGUCCCGUGUUUUCCAGUUCUUCUCAACUCUGAAUAAUUUUUUGGUUCCCCUCGGCUGCUGUUUGUGCUGCCUCGUGUCCUCUAGCGGGUCGCGUGCACAUGCUCACGUUGCCUUCCUGCACUUGUUUCUUCAGAUCCUUUGCAAAAGGUUCAUGCCCCAGUUCCUUGAUUUGGCCGGCAGAGUUUCCACAGGGUAGAGACCUACUUGCAGCCUAAGCAGCUGUGUUCUGCAGAGGCGAAACGAUAGCCUCGGGACACUGUAGUAUGGGUGGGGAAAAUACCCAAUGGCUGGUAUUAGACUAGCAGGUGCAAAUCUACCUGACUUCACGCUAGCACAGCUGCCUGCCUCUCCCUGGUACGACACCUACACGGCGCGUCGUCGCUGCGGGGCCCGGGAAAUACGGGAGAUGUCUGUAGACAGCCACUGCGACGUGGCUGGAAACGGAGGGAGAGUAAAGUCACGGCUCGGUAGCGAGGAGGGAAACGGGAGGACACCGUGCCUGGUUGUGACCCUUGUUAACGACUGACUCUUGCAUUUUGUCUUGUGAUUUCAGGAAUCUUCCCCGGCUCGCGUGCCCUCGUACGCUCGUAUCUACUAAUAUUUUCGAUUUAAAAAAAAAAAAAAAGGAGAGACAAAAAACCCUUUAGUGCUAGGUUUUCUGUCUGCGCGUGCCCUGAGCGGUCCCUUGUGCUGCCUGUCGCCCCUCUGCAGGGUUCCUCGUGGAGCAUAACACACCAGCCUUAAUUUAGGAAAGCAUCCCAAGUAUUUGUAUCUGCAUCUAUAGAUAGGUGGGUCUUCUCUGGCGGUGGAAGUGCGGGCAGGCAGGCGUUCAGACACCGCCUCGGGUGGCAUUUGUAGCAUGGUUCAGAGCAUUGUUGGAUGCGUAAAAGAAAGAAAAGUCCCUUUUAAAAAAGCUUUUAAAACUUUUUUCUUUAAAAAACGUCUCUCUCUCUCUAAACAGAGCUAACUACCGCUCCCUUGUAAAAAGCCAGGCUCUCGGACAGAUUGGAGCAGCCCGGGAUGCCCACGUGCCACUAUUAAAUGUAGGAGUCGCAGUCUGGAAACGCUGGGUCCUUGUUCGGGUGAUAGCAGCGCCCAAGUGGCUUUGGAAGCACGAUCAAAAUAGCCUUUCCGACCGGGCGGUGUAUGGGUUCGGUGGACUACCCCAGCCUGGAGUUCGAGUAUGGGGACACCGACAGCUACACGGCUGAACUGUCAGAACUGUACAGCUACACGGAGGAGCCGGAGUUCGUCACCAACAGGAGGUGCUUUGAAGAGGAUUUUCAAACUCAAGUGCAGGGGAAGAGAUGGCCGGACCUGGACACGGCACAGCAGAAGGCCUAUGUGAUGCGGCUGUUGGAUGGGCUGGAGGUGGUGAACAGGGACAAGCGGCUGCAAGUAGCCCGGGCUAUUCUUUAUUUGGCACAAGGUGUGUUUGGAGAGUGCGAUAAUGAGCUGGACGUCCUGCACUGGUCUCGGCACAACAACUUCCUGCUGUACCAAAUGGGCAUGUUCACGGCCUUCCUGGAGCUGCUGAACAUGGAGAUAGAUAACAGCCAGGCCUGCAGCAGCGCCCUGAGGAAACCGGCCAUCUCCUUGGCAGACAGCACGGAGCUCAGAGUGCUGCUCAGCGUCAUGUACCUGAUGAUCGAGAACAUCCGUGUGGAGCUGAAGACGGACUCGCCCGAGUGGAAAACCUCCCGAGAGGCGUUCAAAACAGAGCUGAGUUUUCCUGUGCACAGUGAAGAACCGUUUGCUGUCCUGCUUUUCACCAUGGUGAUCAAGUUCUGCAGCGGGCACGCUCCGCACUUCCCCAUGAAGAAAGUCCUGCUCUUGCUUUGGAAGGUGCUGCUGUUCACCCUGGGUGGAUUUGAAGCACUCCAGGUGAUGAAGAUGAAGAAGAGGGAGGACCUGUGCUUGCCCCCUCUGCCGGAGGACAGCAUCCAAGUGAUGCGCAGCAUGCGGGCUGCCUCGCCUCCCGCCUGCUCCAUCGAACUCAUCGAACAGCAGCAGCAGAAGCGUGGCCACCGGAGCAGGCGGCCCCUCAUGAAACAAGACAGCUUGGACAUUUACAACGAGAGGGACCCGUUCAAGAACGAUGAGGCUGGAGUGGAUGAAGAAGAAAACGAUGAUGUGGACAGUGGGAUCGAGGGCGAGCUGGACCUGAUGGAGCGGGAGGCGAUCAUCCAGGCUUUGCCAGCUCAGCGCCCACCCAUUGAGCGGGUGUGUUUCCCCAAAGGACUUCCGUGGGCACCCAAAGUCAGACAGAAGGACAUUGAGCAUUUCCUGGAAGCAAGCAGGCACAAGUUCAUUGGAUUUACACUGGGGCAGGACACAGAAACCCUAAUUGGGUUACCGCGGCCCAUCCAUGAAAGUGUGAACACUUUAAAGCAGCAUAAAUAUGUGUCCAUCUCGGAUAUACAAAUCAAGAAUGAAGAAGAGCUGGAGAAGUGUCCCAUGUCUUUGGGGGAGGAGGAAGUUCAGGAGACCGCUUGUGAGAUCUUGUAUCGGGCGAUGUUAUACAAUCUUCCCCAGUAUAUGAUCGCUUUGCUGAAGAUCCUCCUGGCUGCGGCUCCCACCUCCAAAGCCAAGACUGACUCUAUCAACAUCUUGGCAGACGUGUUGCCCGAGGAGAUGCCAAUUACAGUUCUUCAGAGCAUGAAAUUGGGGAUUGAUGUGAACAGACACAAAGAGAUCAUUGUGAAGAGCAUUUCAGCCUUGCUGCUGCUGCUGUUGAAACAUUUCAAACUGAACCACAUCUACCAGUUUGAGUAUGUGUCCCAGCACUUGGUGUUUGCCAACUGCAUCCCGUUGAUCCUGAAGUUCUUCAACCAGAAUAUCAUGUCCUAUAUCACUGCCAAAAACAGCAUCUCUGUCCUGGAUUAUCCAUACUGUAUUGUCCAUGAGCUGCCUGAGCUCACAGCAGACAGCCUGGAAACUGGAGAUAACAACCAGUUCUGCUGGAGAAACCUGUUUUCCUGCAUUAAUCUGCUGAGGAUCCUCAACAAGUUGACCAAGUGGAAACAUUCUAGGACAAUGAUGCUGGUGGUUUUUAAAUCGGCCCCAAUCCUGAAACGAGCUCUGAAGGUGAAGCAGGCCAUGAUGCAGCUGUAUGUCCUGAAGCUGCUGAAGAUCCAGACCAAAUACCUGGGGCGCCAAUGGAGAAAGAGCAACAUGAAAACCAUGUCUGCCAUUUAUCAGAAAGUGCGACACCGCAUGAACGAUGACUGGGCUUAUGGCAAUGAUAUUGAUGCCAGACCGUGGGAUUUCCAAGCUGAAGAAUGCACGCUAAGAGCCAACAUCGAAGCCUUCAAUAACCGCAGAUACGAUAAACCACAGGACUCUGAGUUUGCGCCCGUGGACAACUGCUUGCAGAGCGUGCUUGGACAGCGGUUGGAGCUCCCUGAGGAUUUCCAUUACUCCUAUGAACUGUGGCUAGAGAGAGAGGUGUUUUCUCAGCCUAUCCGCUGGGAAGAGUUGCUACACUAUCAGUGAUAAGAGAAUUACCCAAACCAAAUGCUGUCUCCAUAAGGAUACAGGGUGCUACUAUCUGGGAAAGAAGUCACUUUAUGACUGGGGGUCCUUAAGUCUGGGGACAGAACUUGCUAACAGGGAAGUUACCUUUUUUAUUUAUCCAGACCCCUGCCCCACUUCCUCCCAGACACACACACUGUGGUAUCCUAAAUCUUUUAGGGACUUUCCCAUCCCUUCCCUUGCACCUUCCAGAGACCAUCAAUAUAAAUGGACCUGCACAGAGUGCAGAUUCUGAUGUCACACUAGUUACAAUUUAGAGUAAUAACACUGAUUGUACUGGUGUUCACUCCAGAUUUACACAGGUAUAACAGAGAUCAGAAUCAGGCUUGAGUGUCUUGGCUUCUUCUGAGCUUGGUUCACAUGUAUAAGUCUGCUGUGUAAGUAGCUGCCCUGUGGAAGGUUUGUCUUACCCGGUUGCCCUAUGUAGUGCUUAAUGGUUUCACUUACUCACCUUGGCAUCAAUACUUAGAUUAAACACCCUGGUUACUAAUGCCUCUAAAGAUCAAAAGUAAAUAGUAAUCAGCACUAUGUGAUGACCUCAGUAGAGGCUCAUGGAUGAAUAGGCUAACGAAGACUGAACUCUAGAGGUAGAACUGCGGUGCUGCUACUUGUGUUGUAAAGCCCGUUCUGUGAAAGCUUCUGUUUCCAGAACUGCCAAUCUUGCCAUAUUCACCAGGCCUGUUAUUUCCAUACUUUUCUUCAUAGCUAUUCUUUUAUCCAUCACUGCAUUCACUUAAUUUUUGUAAUAAAGUUAAAUGAAUAUUAACUGUAGCUGCCUGACUACAAUAUGUGAG